AUGAAACCGCAACGUGCCUUUUGCACAGAGCGCGGGCGACGCUUGUCGCUACCUUUUCUGCUACUCUUGUUGUUUGUUGCCAGCUCGUCUGUUUUUUGCGCUGAAGGCGAAGCAGAUUCCAACAGACCACUUGGUUUCCAAGAUAUCGAAGGCCAAAAGAGCCUGAAGGGAGAUGCACACACUCACAACCAGAUCUACUCAGCGUCUCCGAAUUCUUGGCAAUCGAGCCCGUCAGAGGCGGAUACUCACACGAGCUCGGAUCAAAGCUUCAAAUCCGCUAAGGGAUCUGCUAGGUGGUCGAACCCCUCCGGCUCAGAUGUAAGCUCUCCACGAAGUCCGAAUGGCUUUGGCCGUCUCGAAGACGGUAUUCAGUUCAGUUCGCCUUCGCCGAGUGGCAGUGGUCAUAGCUCGAGCAGCGACGAAAUAGCAGCUGCAGAAGCGGUCUACCGUGGUCGACUCAGAGCGAGCAUCAAGGCAAAGAACAUCAUGGAUGAUGUCAAAUCUCCUGCGCUUUCAACAUUUGAAGUCGGCGAGUCCUCUGCUGCUGCUGCCGCCGCUGCUGCUCCUCGCGGGGACACGCCUAUAAAGGAACCACCAGUUGCUCUUCUAGCGGAGAGUUUCAAAGACCCUGCCAACCAACAAAGCAAAGACGGAGUGCCAGAUGUCUACCUGCGCAACCCUGCCAACCAACACAUCAAAGAGGCGAUUAAAAGGCUUCCUCAAUCGCGCGACUACUAUCAGCUCGUUGCGAUGGCGGACCCGGCCGCUCCUGGUGGCUAUCGAGUGUAUCGCUACUAUAACGAGCCUUACGCUGCGCUCCAUUACGAGCAAGUGCCAUACAACCAACGAUUUCUCUAUCGACUCAAGGAUCUGGAAAAUGAAGCGCACAAAACCGCGCUCGACACGCCAGACUACCAGAGGAAGUUAAGAACGAUCGGAUGGAGAUGGAAGGGUCGCCCGGCUGAUCUGGAUCCUACGGAGCCGUUGCCGCCGCGAGAGUUCGUUCGACCGAUUCCUGGUAAUACCUUGCAGAAGGCUAAGCAAGCUUUCCUUUCGAAAUUCGCCGAUCAGCAGUGGAAGAUGCGAACGCAUCUGAGCGAUAUCAAGGAUGCCAUCGCUGUAGGGAAGGAUCGACGUCUCGCCAACUACCACACCACUGGCGGCAUUGCAGCACUCUACGGGAGAGAAGAAUUUGGUAUCGGUAAGACCAUCCCACCCGAAGCCCGACGCAUCGCCCAAGAACUGGGUCAGGUUCACGUCUUUUAUGAUUGGGAAAGACCUCAAGAUCAAGUACGAGUCGCUUACACGGGUCCACUGCGCCCACCUGGUCGUGCGACUCCUCUUGCUCCUCCUGAAGACUUUCGUGCGUAUGUCGUGCCCCCGAAUCGCGCUCUACCUCUUCCGAAGCAUUGGAGGGAUGCAGGGCUAGAUGAGCAGACGAAAACAGUUAGAGCAUUGAUGAGGAUGAAUGAGGCGGAAAAUGGUGAAUGGAGGACGAUGGAUAUACGGGAUCGUUGGCCUGCUAAAUGGGAACAGAAGACAGCGGAUUUGAGGGCCAAGCUUCAAGGCUGGCAGGCCAAGUUGAAACAAAAACAGGCAGAGUGGAGAGCUCAAGUUCAAGGUCGUCCUCGAAACCUGCGAGAUCCACCAAGGAGCUCUGAGACAGGCAAUGAGGCUGCUGGAGAAGCAGGUUCUGCAGGAGCAGAGCCAACGGCAGAGCAGCAGAUGGGUCGUUCCUCUAGAGGUUGGAGACAAGCUCUUACUGGUGCAUGGAACAAAGCUACAGGUCGAUGGACUAGCGACCGCCAACAAGUUGCUACCCCGACUCCUCCCAACGGCCCCACCGCUCCUGCCGAGCAAACUGCUGCAUCAAGAACAUGGAGCCACACGCUCAGCGAUGCUGCGCGAAGGGUCAAACAGGCCACUAGCAGCGCCAAGGACAAGCUAGCCGGUCUCGUCAGAUCCACACCCUCGACAUCCACUGUAGUCACGGAAAACGCGCAGCACAUUGUUGCGCCCAUGCGUCGUCGUCGUCGUCGUUGA